CAUCGUCGGGGUUAUCGCAAGCUAGUGCUCUGCGAUAGUCCGCUUCAGUCAGUCUCGCCAUGUCCCUCAUCCUUCUCUUCCUCUUCUUCUUGGGGUGUCAAGCCACCAUCACCAAUUACCAACCAUCUUAUUCAGCUCAGUCCUGCCAAACCCCAACCCAGCAACCCGGAAAAUGCGUCUUAAUCAACCACUGCCCUCACUUAUUCUCCGUUAUCACCCGGAACCAAACCGACAAAAACGCCAAAGAGCUAAUUCGAAAAUCUCACUGCGGGUUCGAAUCCAUGCUCUUCCCCAAAGUGUGUUGUCCUGCAGAAGCCAUCAAACUCUUCGAAGAAGGAGGCGCCAUCUCCCACAACCAACACGCAACUAAAUGUGGCUUGCACGAACCAGACGGACCUUCAGACCCUUGGUUAACCCUCCUCGAAUACGAAAACCCUAUCGGCGAACGCGCAUUUUUAUGUGGAGGGGUCCUUAUCAACAAGAGAUACGUCCUAACAGCCGCUCACUGCGUGUCAAACCUCCACAACUUCAAACUGGUGAACGCGCAUUUGGGGAAGUUCCACGGCGGCGACUCCGAAGAGUUGGUGCUGAAAACCGACGGUACGACAGUCCACGAGGAGUACGACCCUAACGACCCCAACAGAUACCACGACGUGGCGUUAGUACGUUUGAAGAACAAGGUUUCUUUCAAGGAUGGGUUCGCAAGGCCUAUUUGUAUCCCGACGGACAACAAGAAGAGCUUUUUGGGGAAGAUCUUGUCGGUGGCGGGGUACGAGAAGCACGGUGAUGGAGUGAAGAAGCGCGAGGGAGUGGCCACGGUUUGGGAGAAGAGUGAGUGCCACCUGGUGUACAACUCGACGGAGGUGAGGUUGAAGGAUUCCCAGUUGUGUGCUGGAGGCAAAAGUUUGAGUCGUCGUCAGUCGUUCCGGACGGAUUUGGGUGGGGUUUUAAUGCACGUUGAUAAGGAUAAUUCGUACUCGGCGGUGGGGAUUUUGGCUCUGGAAGGGCCGUGUUGUGGCAAGGAUCAUUACCCGAAGGUGUACACCAGAGUUGGAAGCUACAUGGAGUGGAUCAUCAGUAACUUGAAACCAUAGUGCGAAUUUUAUUUUUAAGUUUGUAGUGUGUGAUUUGUAUUAUGUAAUUCGAAAUAUAUUAUAGCUACCA